UUCAGGGACCCAAGGCGACCGCCUUCGAAACGCCCCUUCCCGCACUGAGGGGGAGCCCAGCGGCCCUCCCAGUAGAGCAGGACAGGCCGUCCCACACCCCAACGGCUGCUAGCGGCAAGCGCGCCGCUCCAGACCUCUGCAUCUGAGGGGCGGUCGCGCCAGGGCUGACGGGAACCGCCCUCACACGCCCUUCUCCAGGCAGCGGCAAGGCCUCGCCCUUUCCCCUCCGCGCAGGCGCAAGAAGCGCGCCAGGUUCUCCCUCCGGAGCGACAGCCCCUCCCUCCGGUCUCCGUGGCGACGGGGGAACGCCGCGUUGCCUUAAAAAAGCCCCAGAGGGCACAGCCGCCUUCUCUUCGGCGCAGGCGCAGUCGAGGCCGCCGAUAGGGAAGUGCCGAUGGCGAACAGCAAGGCUGCCGACUCCAAGCGGGAGCAGUUCCGGCGCUACUUGGAAAAGUCCGGGGUCAUGGACACGCUCACCAAAGUCUUGGUCGCCCUGUACGAAGAGCCCGAGAAGCCCAACUGCGCCCUCGAUUUCCUGAAGCACCACUUGGGGGCGGCCGCUGCGCCGGAGAACCCCGAAGUGGAGGCCCUGCGGCUGGAAGUGGCCGAGGCGAAAGAGAAGUACGAAGCGGUACUGGAGGAGAACAAGAGACUUAAGGCAAAGCUGGCUCAGUAUGAACCGCCUCAGGAAGAGAAACGGGGAGAAUAAGGUUCUUUGCAUGUAACUUAAAUAAAACACUUCAAAGCACACCCAUCUAGUAUUGCUCUUGUAGUUGCAAACCUCUUUUAUUCUGCAGUGAAUCAGAUAGUUGUUAUCUUCCUGAGAAGGUGUUUUGAAACACAGGUACUGUAGGAGUAGAGCUCACAAUAAGAGAGGACUGUUGUUCUUCUGUUCUUAAAUAAUGUAUAAGCCUGGAGAAGGUGGGGGGAUGAAACGGAUUUGAUGAAGCAUUGGAUUAACAAAUUAUUCUUUUACUGGGGAGCAUUUAGGGAAGCGUACUAGAGGUUGUCAAAUAAUCCUGACUUCAUCUGCCACCUGACUUUUGUGAUGCAUCUACUACUUCCCACAUAAGUAGAACAACUUCAGCAUUGCUGUGUCUUGUUUAUUAUAUUUCUGUCCCAGUUUUCAGGUCAAAAUUUUCCAUAGCAGCUACAGGAAUACAAAAAAGAAUGUGAAUGCUUUAGUUAGAGUUUAGCAUCCUUGUUGGUGUUGUAUUAGUCAUUCAUUCGUAAUCCAUAUUUCUUAUAGAAGACUUAUGGCUCACAUGCAAAAAGAAGUUUGGUUUCAGCAUUCCCCAACAGUGACAGUUUUCAAGGAUUGUACUGCUUCAUUGCGCGCUACCUUUCUUAGUGUCCAGGAAGCUUUUUCUUGAUGGCAAUAAAUCCUCUGGAAUGAAAUCCUUUCACAGUGUCUGUGCCUUUAAGUGUAGCAAACAAAAUCUUUUGGGUACAUUGGCUGUCUCAAGCCCCUCAAGAACAGCUGGUAUGUUUAAGUGGUUAAUAUAAGUGGUUAACAUACCAUGACUUAUAAGAUUUCUCCCAAGGAGAAUGUAAAAUGAAACCAAGAGAAGAUUCGAUAACAGAAGGAUGUACUUGUCAAUGGGUUUUAUAUGCACAAUUAUUAGAAUGGUUUAAAGCAGAUAAAAGACUAUGGAUUUGAACAAGCUGAGACUGAACUUGAAGUAUUGUUAUGUACAAAUGGUGAACAUGUUACUGCUAAAAUGUACACGUUUUUGUUGAAAUUUGAGACAGUGAAAGAAUCUAUGAUAAAAUGGCCUAAAACUUUGGGUAUGGCAUACAAAUGGAACAAUGGGAAAAUGUGGAUGAAAGGACUUAAAUUUACAUUAAAUUCUAGUCUCAAAGAGAAUUUUUAUAAAAUGAUGUAUUGUUGGUAUGUCACAAGAGAAGUUAGCCAAAAUGUCCAAAAAACAUUUCUAAUGUGCAUUGGAAAUGUGAACAACAUAAAGCGAUAUUUUAUCUUUUAUGGUGGACUUGUAAUAAAGCCAAUUUUUUUUGAUACAUAUACAUUUAUUAAUCCAGAAAAUUACAAAGGCUAAUGUACGAAUACAACCAGAGGCCUUCCUUUUGGGACUAAUGGACAGACAGCUUGAAAAAAGUCAUGGCACUUUGUUUUUAUAUAUGACAACGGCAGCCAGAAUAUUAUAUGCUCAAAACUGGAAAAACUUGACAGUACCUACAACAGAGGAAUGGUUGGUGAAAAUGUUAGAACUUGCGGAGAUGGCUGAACUUCUUUAAUCAGAGAAAAGAUAGUAUCUAUGUUUAUUGCUAACUGGAAACCCCUGAUAGACUUUUUGCACAAAAUUGAAAAAAUGAACUGAUAUGUGGUUUUGAGAACUAAGGGAGAAAAAAAAUAGUUAAUAAAAAAGAGAGCUUU